CCGCUUCCACCGAACUGAGCUCGCACGCAAUCUGUGGCAUUGAUAGUUACCACCACACUCAAACAGAACAUCAGCAGCCGACUGUCUCCAAAACAUCGCCUCGCUACCGCCCGCUUGCCAUGGCUACUCUCUGUAUCCCUGGGCACUUUUACGAGAACGCCAGGGCUUCUUCCGAGUUUUCGCUGGACGAUACUCUUGCCCAGUACCUCGAGGAACUCAAGCUUGACCUCGACCGGGCAGGGCAUCGCUCCCACCAUCUCGUCCACCAUCUCUCCCAGCUUUGGCCGAGACCAACCGAACCCGACGACUUGAAGUACAAUCACGGCGACCGCCAGCUCGGUUCCUCCGAGAGACUCGCCGGUUUUCAUCCCUCUGAGUUCUUACUCAGCGACACUUACCGUGCCUACCUCGAUUUCGUUGCUGGAGGCGAGCUUGGCAAUAUCCAGGGCGCUUCCCGUCCUAUCUCGCAGCGCUGCUUCAACAUUGAGCUCGUCUAUACGCUCGACGACCAUAUUGGACGCAAGCUGCUUGUCGGGGCUCAGCCUACUGGCUGGCAGGGCGACCAAAUUGGCCUCUUGCGCACCAACGAGGUCAAUCUUGUCGACUGUUUGGUUCACGUUGUCCACUGCCUCUUUGACAGGGCCGUUUACGAUUUGAACUCGGUCGGGGGUACCAACCCUCAGCGCGAAACGGCUCAGACCCUGUGCAACAUUGUGGCCAACUCGGGUACACUCCCGAUGACCGCCAACUAUUCCGUCUUUUGAUAAGAUGGACAAUGUCCCGCGCCCAGGGUGGCAUUGCGUAAGUCUUCCGACGGUUUGCCAAUUCCUCGCUUGAAAGGCAACGUGCUGAUACG